UGACAAACCAACCAGUAAUUUAAAUAUUGUUUAAUGAUAGAGAGGACUGUAGCAAAUGUAUGUUAAGCCAUAUUGGAAAUUCAUAACAUAGCGUUCAUGGCUGUUCCCACUGAUUACAAUAAAUGCAGAUUUGUAUAUGAAUAAGACUCCCUAGAUUAACCUAUGCCAAUGUGUUCUUUAACUAUGCAUUCUAUAGAAAAUAAUAUUGCCUCACUUUUCCUGCAAUGGGUAACCAAACUGCACCAAUGGAAUUUGUUCUGACUGACUUUUCAGAAGAGCCCAUUCUAAAGGUCCUAUCAUUUGUCUUAUUUCUGUUUACUUAUCUGGUUGCAACAGUAGGAAAUGUGAUGAUCAUAUUGAUCAUAAUGCAUGUUCCUCAUCUAAGAACGCCAAUGUACUUUUUCAUUUUAAAUUUGGCCAUUCUUGAUGUAUGCUAUAUUUCCACUACAGUCCCCAAUAUGUUGGACAACUCACUAAAACAGGUGAAGAGAAUUUCUUUUGGGGGUUGCGUGGUUCAGAUGUACUUCUUUCUCAGCAUGGCAGCGACAGAGUCUUUCCUUUUAGCUGCCAUGUCUUAUGACCGAUAUGUUGCCAUUUGUAAUCCAUUACGCUACACUGUUAUUAUGAACUGGAGACUGUGUUUACAGCUUGCAGCAACUUCCUGGAUAAUUGGGUUCAUCUAUUCUUCUAUUCACACGGCAAGCACCUUCACUCUGGAAUUCUGCAGAUCCAAUGUGAUUGACCACAUUUUCUGUGAUAUUCCACCGCUAUUGAAUAUUUCCUGCUCCAAUACUAAAAUAAAUGAAUUUUUGAUUUUUGUGGUGGGUGCUGUCUUGAUUUUGCCAUGUUUUCCUUUAAUUGUGAUCUCUUAUGUCUAUAUUGUAAGAGCCAUAAUGAGGAUUCCAUCUGCCACUGGGCGUAAGAAAACAUUCUCAACCUGUGUUUCCCAUCUAAUAGCAGUCUCCUUGUUUUACCUGACUGGAACAUCUGUGUACCUGCGGCCAGCGUCUGCAAACUCAUCCUUUCAACAAAACAAAAUAAGUGCAGUAUUUUAUUCAAUUUUUGUGCCAAUGGUAAAUCCUAUUAUAUACAGCCUGAGGAACAAGGAGUUAAAAGGAGCAAUAAAAACA